AUGGUUGUAGACACCCGCAUAGCGCUGAACAAGGAGAAUCCUGGUCUGCACCGCGACGAGGUGGCCCAGUACGAGUCUUCGCAGAAGGUCACUCCGGAGAUGUUUGAUGCCGUGAGUUAUUACUUUCCCUACGCAUACGGUGCUUACAAGAGUAAG